UGUGACCUAACCUACAAAAAUUUAACGUCUAAUUAGGCGUUUCAUCGCAUUCGUCCUGAGCGUUCAUCGGUGUUAAAAUGCUUCGUCACUUGUGAUUGCUUCCCAAGUUCAUCAAAGUUGUUACAGCCAUCUCCGUACUUAACGUGAAGUCAUCGUCGAGAGGAAAUUUAUUUCUUAGAUAUUUUUGACCAAUUUAAAUAUGGGAUCUCGGUACGAUAGAGCCAUCACCGUUUUUUCGCCGGAUGGACACUUAUUGCAAGUGGAAUAUGCUCAGGAAGCUGUGAAAAAAGGAUCGACGGCGGUCGGUGUUCGUGGAAACGAUGUUGUUGUACUUGGUGUAGAGAAGAAGUCUGUAGCUAAACUUCAAGAAGAGAGAACAGUACGUAAAAUAUGCCUUCUAGACGACCAUGUUGUAAUGGCUUUUGCCGGGUUAACUGCCGAUGCCAGAGUAUUGAUAAAUCGUGCUCAAAUCGAAUGCCAGAGUCACAAGCUAACCGUCGAAGACCCUGUCACAUUGGAGUACAUCACACGAUUUGUAGCUGGUUUGAAACAAAAAUACACUCAAAGCAACGGACGCAGACCAUUUGGAAUAUCCUGUCUAUUAGCAGGUUUUGAUUACGAUGGAGCUCCGCAUCUGUAUCAAACGGAUCCAUCGGGAACCUAUUUCGAAUGGAAAGCAAAUGCUACAGGUCGCAGUGCCACAACUGUGCGUGAAUUUCUAGAGAAAUACUACACCCCUGACGAGGUUGCCACAGAAAAAGGGGCGAUGAAACUCGCGAUCAGAGCGCUACUUGAAGUUGUACAAUCUGGCCAAAAGAAUUUGGAGAUUGCGGUAAUGCGUCGCGGUCAACCACUACAGAUGCUGGAUGUUGAUACGAUCGGAGAAUACGUAACAGAAAUCGAAAAAGAGAAAGAAGCUGAGGCAGAAAAAAAGAAACAAAAAAAGUAACAUCACACUGCAACUGUCACAUAAUCGUUACACAUUUUUUAAUGUUCUUCUUGAUAUAAUAAUUGAUUAAAAGCGAAAACAAUUACUAAAUAAAGAACGUUGCGAUGAUUUCAAAUCCUA